UCUUGAAUUUGUCGUCUGUGUUAAUUUUUUUCCAAAUGGGAGACUUUUGGGGGGGGGGUUUAUCAUAAAAACGGUAUGGGCCUACUGUGUUGCUAUAACAACCUGGCAGUAAAAAAUAUUCAGGGCAGCUUGCCAGCACAGUGCUGAAAAAUGUCUAUGAGACAAGUCACACAAAAAGAUGGUGGAGUGCAUUGACACUGUGCAACAGGAAUCUACAGCUGUGUUUCCUAUGUACCGGAAUGAGCAUAACAGUACCAAGUCAUGUUUUGCUGUGGCUGCUAUAGGCUUACAUUCUUUUAACAGUGUGAGGCCUACAGACUUUAUGCCGGACAAACGUAAUCUAGCUUUUACAAAAACAAAAGCCUGCAAGCAAAUGUUAGAGAGUUCUCAUUGCAACAGCAUUCCACAAUAGAUCAUUGUGAACAGAACAAUCUAAUUAAUUAAUGUUAAUGUGAAAAUUAGGGCCAUGUGACAUCCCUAGUAAAUUAAAUGCCCCUUAGUCUUGCAAAAAAAGCCUUUGGCCGUUCAAUUGUUAUGAGGUCAAUUAAAAAUGAAUUUAGUUGUUCAAAUAACUUUACUGACUUGAUUGUGUAAAGGUGGCAGUUGGUUACCUUCAGAGUGGCAUAUGAAUACUGUCAAUAUCCAGCCCCCUCCUGUUAACUCCCCCUCGGGGCCCUUAAGCCGAAAGAAGGAAUGAGGAUUCAAUCGGUGAGGGAGGGCUUUUGUUGGACCACUUUAGGGUUGCCUAGCAGGACACAAGGAAUUCCACUGGCUUUUCAACUUUGACCAUUGUGGACCUAAAAAAUAAAGUUUAACGAUGGAAAACAACUUGAAAUGGAUCCUAACAUUUUGCAUGUUCUAUGCGGUGUCUGGUGAGGGGUGCUCUCUGGAGAUAAAGCCAUCCAGGGUGGUGGUGAGGUUUGGAGAGCCUGUAUCAGUAACCUGUGAAGCCUCUCGUCCAGUACGUGUUCUGGGCUGGGAGUCAGCCAUCGGUGCUGCACAUACCCAGCAAGACCUUGCUGUCCUUUGGCGGGUAGACAGUCUGAUUGAUUGGAUUGAAGAGCCCAUUUGCUAUGGAGUCUUCUUCACUGCUCCCAGACAGUGUGAGGAAAAGCUCAACCUCAUUCUCUACAAGACCCCAGACAGUGUCUCCAUCAGCACUGUGAACCACACUGGGCCUAUGUUAGAGGGGAAAGAGUACCAGCUGCUCUGCGAAGUCCAGAACAUUGCUCCUGUUCAGUACCUCACCCUACGGUGGUACAGAGGGCAGACUGAAGUUUAUACCCACUCAUUUUCGGAUCUUACUCCUACCUCACCUGUUCAAGUAUCAUCUAUUCUCUUGGUUACACCCAGUGUAAUUGAUGAUGGAACUCAGUACAGGUGUGUGGCAGAACUGGACCUGGGACCCGAGGGGCCACAAACUCCCCCAACUGUGACAUCAGAACCUCUCAACUUUUCAGUGCUUUACACGCCAGCCUUCAUCAAUCCCAAGCCUGAGACCUUUGUCCUUGGAGAAGGCAUCGAAGUCACUUUUAACUGCACUGCCACAGGAAACCCUGCCCCUGUGUACAACUGGCAGACCUCACAACCCCAGGAAAAUAUGGGGGAUCAACCUCUCUUUACCUCCUCCUCAGUGCUCCCAGGGACCUACACUUGCACUGCCUCUAAUAAACUGGGCAAGAGGAGUAAGCAGUUCAUCGUGGCGACAAAGUCUAACGGUAUUUAAUGCAAGUGAUCUCUGAAGGGUGCAAAAACACAGAUUGACAGCAUCAUCAAUCUGUGAAAACGUCCAUCUGCCAGACCAUCUCAUGGAGACAGAGAUCAACUUCACAUUUAAAGGGCUCAUUCAAUAGUUUGUCGUAAUGUAUGAUAGUUGAAUAUUGCUGUUAUUACAAUGUUAUAUGUAGUGUGUGGUCCCUCUCACCUCAGUGUUCGACUCAAGUAGUAGUGCAUAGUCAUUUUAGGCACUUGUCAAAUAUUAUCAUAACCUAUUUUGCUUACUGAAUAAUACUAAUAAAAUGGCGGCUAUAAACAUUGUUAUACUGUAAUGACCAAUUCAACUCUUGAUUUGAACAGAAAUGUCCCUGUUGCUAUCUGGUAAAUAUGGCACGUCGAGAGUGUCAGGAGACAGAUUUUACUU